AUGCAGUUCCUUCUCUUGACCUUGUGUCUCGCGCUACUGGCAGCUGCACGUACUAUCACUGGCGAGAUUAGAACAGCAGCAGCAGCUCCAAAGGAAGACCCUCCGAGCAGACGUCGAGGUGUUGCCUACAACAAUCCUCCAUUCGCCAACUACUUCGAUGUUAUGAAUUCAGGUGGUCAGGUGAGCUGGUCCUACAACUGGGCCUCAAGGCCGACGGAGCAACAUACAUCCUUCGAGUUCAUUCCGAUGCUUUGGAGCAACCAAGACAGCUCCACCUCGAAGUGGUGGGACUCAAUCAAGGACGCAGGAGGUAUUUUCAAGGACAACCCUACCCACCUUCUCGCCUUCAACGAGCCCGACAACUGCAGGAUGGGAUCUGGUGGCGCCUGCAUGUCUGUCAGUGACUCCGUUGCGGCAUGGCGGCAGCACAUGGAGCCUGCCAAAACCCUCAAAGAGAAGAUGUACCUUGGCUCUCCUGCCGUUACGAACGGCGGAACUGGCAUGGGUCUGGACUGGCUGGGUCAAUUCGUAAAGGAAUGCGCCGGCUGCAACAUCGACUUCAUCUGCAUUCACUGGUACGACAAAGCCAACAACGUCCAAUACUUCAAGGACCACAUCAACAGGGCGCGCGACGUUGCCGGCGGCCGUCCAAUCUGGAUCACCGAGCUCGGUCCUCAGGGCACCGAUGCAGAGAUCAAGUUUCUAAAAAAGAGCUUCCUCGACCAAGUGAUUCCAUGGAUGGAAGACUCGGGCGACAUCCACCGCUACGCCUACUUCAUGGCUCGCGAAGGGCUCUUGGUCAACAAUCAGGGCACCGGCUUGUCGGACAUUGGAUCGCACUUCACGUACUGGCGUCGUGCUAAUGGCGGCUUCACUACCAAAUCAAAUAGCACCAUUGUUGCGGCAAAGUUGUAG